GCCAUCUUCUUCCUAAUCCUACGGUUUCACCAGCCCUCAUGGCAGCUGAACUUAGCCUUCCCUCCCUGAACCAACUCCAAAAGCUAGCCAUGCAACAGCAGCAGCAAUUGAAUCCUAGCAUGUGGAAUUGGCCCGGUCGCCGACCGGCCGAAGACGAUGACUCUUGGGAGGUCCGGGCAUUCGCCGAGGACACGAGCAGUGCCAUGGGCACGACAUGGCCGCCACGCUCGUAUACCUGCUCUUUCUGCCGUCGCGAGUUCCGGUCAGCCCAAGCAUUGGGUGGUCACAUGAACGUUCACCGACGUGAUCGAGCUCGGCUCCGGCAGUCCCCUCAAGGAUCCGACCCGUCUCCUUCGGCAACUCCAUCUCCUCCCAUUAUCUUCCCACCACCAAUACCAGAAUUUGUUGCCAGUGGUGGCUACUGCCUUCUCUACCCUAUCCCGAAUGCGGGCACGGUCUUUGCACCGACCGGGGAUUCACCCUCCACUCUCCUAUCGAUUGCUCCGUAUUCCGGGAGUGGAUUAGUCGCCCCUUGUCCACCAACACUUGACAGCGGGGUUGGCAAAGAUGGUGGAAAAGAUGGAGCCGUUGUUGAAGAGCUGGAUUUAGAGCUUCGACUUGGAUGGUGAUAAAUUUUGAGGUUGGAUGGAAAGCGUAUGCUGUGAUAUUUGUAAUUUAUGUGUUGAUUUUAUAUAUAUGCUUGUGUUAUUCUUCCAAGUGUGGACUAGUCUUCAAGUACUGCAGGUGCUGUAAGAUAUCAAGCUGUUCCUAUGAGGAGAGGAUCGAGCCAAACAUUAUUUUUGAUUCUUUCAAAUUUGAUGAUAUGAUAUAUUGGGUGUGCAAUCGUGAGAGUAAGGGAAUUGAAUGUAACUGGAGCGGUAGUUGUGGACGCAGAAUUCCAUGGAUAUCUAUAAAGAGCAAAAUGAGGGGGAGAAGAAGAAGUCAUUCACGAUCAUCACCAGGAAAGACAUGGAAAAGGACAAGAAAAUGAUCGGCAUUCGUGAGGGAAUGUGUCCAGUCAUCCAGUUAAUUUAGUGUGGCUUUCUAUGUAACAUUUAUUUAUAAGCAUGUUGUUUUCAUGUCGUUGGAGUUUAAUUGAAAGCCCUGCUAGGAUAAGCGAAGAGAUGUGAUGUAUUCCUCUGCUCUAUAUUUACACACACACACACAAACACACACACACA